CUGGCGAUGUAGCUAUUAAGUAGUAGCCGUUUGGCUAAGUGACACCGGGACAGGUUCACUCCAUUUAGACUACAAAAACCUCAAAACAAAAUUCCACGUAAAAUUCGAAAGUUGUUCGGGAACCAGCAGCACCAUCCGUAGACGCGCAUCCUGUACAGCUCAUCUCUCCUCUUCCAGUCCUCCAGUCUCCUACGCGAAGAAAAGCCUAUGAUAUAAUAUUAUGUCGCGUCCACUGAGUCGCGUACUGGGCAGUCUUGCCCCCGGCAGCCUGCCCAAGGGAAUGAUCCGACCCGAUCUGCUUCGUCCCCAGUCACAUGCCCACGGCCAUGGUCAUGGCCAUCCCAUGGCCAUACAGCGAGCGGACUACUCUAAGCGCAAUGGACCCCCCUCGGAUGCGGGUGAGCCCUUCAAGACAGUCUCCAAAUCGCGGGACCUGGACGACGACGACCUGAAUAGCCUGGAGAGCGAACCCAACUGGGAGCUGACAUCGGCCAAGAACAACAGAUUCUAUCUGCCAAAUGCCACAGGGCCCGCCUGGCAGGGCGAUAACACAACCGUGGGCUUGUUGGGGCCACUGGCCCAUCUGGUGAACUUUUUCCAAGAACCGAACGAGGACAAGUCGCGCUUAGAGUUUUCCUGCUGCCCGUGUCCAUUACUCAUCCGCGAAUCGCUGGUGGAACUCUUCCCAGUUCGUGUCGUUGCCCAGCGCGAUUCGCUCAUCACAAUGCUGAUCCUGAGCUACGAGGGAGACAUUGAACAGGGUGCUGCGAAGUUUGUGCUCGCUGCUCGGGACAUGUGCGAUCGCCUUCUGUCGCUCGGCUACUGGGCAGACUUCCUAAAUCCGUUCAGCGGACGGCCGUAUUUUAUGCCCAGAGACGGAUCAAUCCUAUACAAACAAGACCAUCGCUUCCGUGGACUGAACAUGCGCCUGUCGCAGCAGAACCACUGCACCGUCAUUGCUGCUGAGGAGAACGAUCGCACCCACUUCUCUGGCACCAUAUACUGUACAGCGCCGAGUCACUACGCCCAGCUGGUGCAGCUGCUGGUACCGCCUGGCCAUCCGGGGCUCCAACACCUGCCACAAUAAAGCGAUCGCACUUCCUAGAUUAUCCUAGAUAGACCCUAAUUCCUGAGAGAGUGAGAUAGGAAAAAAGAGAGAGAGAGAGAGAGAGAGAGAGAGAGAUAGGGAUAGGAGAAAGGAGGAGAAUUGGAAACACACGCCACGACGUCGACGACGAUGAAGAUGAAGAAGCUUUUUAGUGAUGAUGACUGUGUUAACUGUUUAGGUUUUCUGUUCCGACAUUGUAUAUAGAUACAUAGACUUGUUAAACUAUAUAUGCUGCGAAAUAUAUACGAUAAGAGAGUUUUGUUCCCCUCGAAA